GCGAACCAUGCAGUAAAGCCGUGCGCGAAAGCAAUCGAAGAUUUUUUGUUUGAAAAAAGAGUAAAGGAAGUACGUUAUUCGUUCAAUUUCUCUAUAUUCGUGGCCGUGUGUAAAAGCUGCAUCAAAAAAGCCCAUAUAAACUACAGGCACUAUAUGAGUACGGCCCGAAAUCUAAGGCAACUACUCAAAGAUGUCGGUGGCAUCCCGUUUAAGUAAAAAGCCAUUAUAUCGUCUUCCGCCUCUUCCGACACCCGCUGAUCUUCUUCGAUUUUAUCGGCUUAGAGCAACAAAACAGCUCUCACAGAACUUUCUACUUGAUCCCAAGAUUUGCUCAAAAUUCGUCAGGUCUUCAGGCAGCCUGAAAGGCGCUCAUGUCAUCGAGGUCGGCCCCGGACCAGGGUGUCUGACUCGGCCUAUCUUUGAACAGGGUGCUGAAUCUGUUGUCGUCAUUGAGAAAGAUAAAAGGUUUAUGGCCGCUUUAGAGCUGCUUGCUAAUGCUACCAACAACAAGCUAAAGAUCGUUCACGGUGACGUCCUAAAUAGCAAGCUUGAGGAUCUUAUUCCAGCAGAGAAGGCCAAACCGUGGGAAGGAAUCCCACCUAAUAUUCACCUAAUCGGCAACUUGCCGUUUUCUAUAUCAACAAUCCUCAUCAUAAAAUGGCUUCAUAUGAUAUCAAGGAAGAGUAGUGCUUGGCAGUAUGGUCGUGUCCGAAUGACCCUUUCGUUUCAAAAGGAGGUUGCGGAGCGAAUUACCUCUCGCGACGUGAAUCCGGAGAGAUGUCGGCUUUCAGUUAUUGCUCAAGGCUAUUGCUAUGUAAAAAACUGCUUCACGAUCCGAGGGGGAGCGUUUGUGCCGCCGCCCGAGGUGGAUGUCAACAUUGUGCGAUUUGUACCACGGGUUCAACCAAUAUUCCGACAGCCAUUUGACUUAGUUGAAAAAGUGCUUCGAUGUUUAUUCAACCAAAAGCGCAAAACUCUUAAGAUUCUGAUAAAAAAUCUCAUACCGGAAAACCUCCAGAAUGAGCUGGCACAAGAAUUGCUUCAGAGGUCUGACGUUGACCCAACAUGCCCUCCAGUCCUUAUUAGUGUUGAAGAUUAUUCAAAAAUUUGUGAUGCAUAUGCCGGCCUGUGCAAAGAGGUUCCAGGGUUAUAUGAAUAUGAUUUUCGGUCACCCCGCAUUCUCCGGCAUCUUCAUGUCGAGCCGAAAGUUUUAAACGCUGCCAGUGCAAUGCAGUCCACCUAAUUGGUCUUAGUCGUAGUGAUUACGCAGGCUAUAUAAUUUGCGUAAUUCAGUGCCGAGUAACUAUUUUAGCCUUAAAUAAACUCUUGUAAAUAAGUAAAUAUAUUAAUACUUUAACGACUAUUUCUUUGCCCUUGCACCGAAUCAAUAACGAAACCGAAUAUGCAUUUCUUCAUGUCACCUUAUUAGUGGAGGCUAAAUAAAAAGCCAGGCCAAAUAGGAACUGACUCUACACCAAAUGGAAAUAACAGCAUAUUCUUGAUAUAAUGUUCUUUGAUAUUCUAUCUUUCUGGUUCCAAGCACGAAUUCAAAAUGUUGUACACUUAUUGAUUUAGAUAGCAUCAACGAUUAUGGUGUAGGGUUUCGACUUCGUGUGUAAACAUAGUGAGUAUAUACCUGUGCCCAGAGGUUUCGACCUAUUCUUUUGUGCUUUGAACACGCCUUAUUUAACUAAGCUUAGAAUGCUGCAAACGUAUUCCGUAUGAUAAAAAUCUACAUCAUAUGGUGUACAACAAUUCCAUAUAUGCAUCGUUAAUAGAAUAAUUGUAUUAAAUUGCCCGGUGCUAUCUAGCGGUCGAAAAAGUUUGUAACUUUUAAACCAUACGAGAUAAAGCUACGAUAUUUCGGUACAUCGUUUUAUUCCCUUUUAUUAUUUAGGAAUUAAUGACACCUGAAAAGUUUGGAAACUAUAAAUAGGGGAAUAUAGAUUGUGAUUGGUAUAUUUAAUCGUGUUGUCGAUACCCUGUUUAAGAGGGUCAAAAAGAGAGGACGCUAUGCCACCUAUUAGUUUCUCUAAGGUAGGAUAACAAGCGAAAUUAAACGGACACAAGUUUAGAGAAUAUGGAAUCCAUCGCUUAGUCCUGCUUUCCUCGCUCUAGGCCGUAAUUAAAAAAUGCCGAUGACAUCAUGCGUCAUUGUCGAACAAACACAUUAUUGGCUCUUAAUAGCUGUGCCUCGACUCGGGCGUGAUAAUAAAGUCGCUUUCUCUCCUGUUCAAUGUCGCUCUUUCAUCUGGUCGGUGACUCAAACUGAAUCUUGAGAGCGCAUGUAAUUUUCAUUGUGCACUGACUUGUUUAAAUAAUUCAUCGAGAGUGAAUAAACCAUAUUUAGGAUACGCCUAAUUUUUUUUUAUUAAGUUUAGACAAACCCAGCACUCAUUUGCUUAAUGCAUCGAAGAGAAAUAUUUUGUUGGCCGUUUCGUCAGGGGCAGGCGAAAUUGGUGCGUCUUCCCAUGAAUGGCCUGUCUGUCGUCAGCACAGUUUAGCAUAGUUCUUAUGUUGCAUAAAAGGGCAUUAUAAGAUAUACGGUAGGUCGUCAGAUAUCCGGGUGGCGUCUAGGAACCUCAGCUUUUUCUAACG